AUGCUCCGUUUCCGGCCCACUUUCCCAUUCGGGCAAUUUCGCACCCGCCCACCGUCGGCGCCGCCGCGAUAUUUUCUCCGCCGCAAACUUCUCUUUAUGAGCUUUUACUACAAGCGGCCCAUGGGCAACGGCGCCAUGGCCACAAAGUUCCGUUUGGGCUCUGUGACUCAAACAGAGUCGGCUGUGCGCACGGCGGAGCCUUUGCAGGCAUCUGGACCAACUAUUCAAGAAAAUAAAGACACAAAUUCUGAUUAUGAACCACCGUCGCAUUUUGCAAACAGCUGUAAUAGAUGCUACCGGCUCAAAAAGAAGUGUUCCAGGGAGUUUCCUCGAUGCUCCCACUGCACCAGGUUGGGUAGCGAAUGUGAAUAUGAAGACAAGAAGGCCAAGCGAAGAAAAACAGAAACGACAAAUUCAUCCGAACCAACACCAGAACGGUUCCAUGUUAUAGAUGGGCCUGUGAACGGCUCCAGAAGCCAUACUUCUGUUCCGUCGUUGCUCUCGAACGGCACAGAGUCUCCAAAGUUGGGUGCUCGUCGGUUGAGCCAUCGGGCACUGAUUGCGAAGCGUUCUGCUCUUCGAGCGUUGAUUCCUUCAACUCCCAUGAAUUUACGUGAGGAGUAUAUCACCAUGGACUCUGUUCCCGAGGAGAAAGCUCAUACUUUUGCCAACAGCUUUUUUGUCAAUUAUGGAACCAAGUAUCCGUUCAUUUCGCAAACCCGGUUUUUCUCGUGGUUUAGCCGCAUAAAUUUCGACCAAGAAGCCAUUGUCAAUCUCGACGGCUACCUUGUGAUGGCCAUAGGCCUGCUUAUACACGAUUCCAACACCAAGUCGAACACCUUUUCCACAUUUUUCAGCGAAAAAAUCAUCGAGUCAAUUGUAGACAUUAUCGACUUUGACAUGAGCCAGAGUCUGGAUUUGGAAAACGUCCGCUUGCUUCUUCUUUUGGGUAUCUACUCGUUGCACAUGUACCACUCGGACCUCUGCUGGAGUAUCGUGGGAGCAUUAGACAGAAUAGCCGUUCAACUCGAUUUGUACAAAACCCAGGAUGUUCUUUCACAGCGGCUUUUUUGGUCUAUUUACAAUUUCGAUAAAGAAUUGAGUAUUUUGCGCAACAAACCAAGCCAAAUACCUUCAGACGAGUUUAUUUCCCUGUCUUUCCCGCUAACCGCCUCCCUCCAUGGUCAACCAGACAAUAAUCUCGACGUCAUAAACCAGGAAAUAUCCUACUACAAACUAGUGGACCGACUUGUAUGCCACAAGUUGGCGAUUUCGCUGAAAGAGAGCCUCAAGGACCUUGCCAGAGACUUGGAAAAAUGGCGUAUUUCCACCAGCAAAAUCAUCCAUACCCGCUACUGCGACAGCCCAAUGCUUCAACAUUACGUCUCUCAAGUCAACAUGAAAUACUAUUAUCUUUUUGUGGAAAUGGACCAAGUUUCCGAGAGCCACCUGUCGCAGUUCACACUUCAGUUUUUGCUGAACUCGUUUACCUUACUCAUCAGCGAAAAUAACAAGAAUUGUGGUUUAAGUUUGCACAACUUAUUCUGGUACCAGCUGCUCUUCCGAGUUAUCAAAUGUACUUUAGAUUCACUCCAGCGGAUUUUGGAAAGUACCGACCCGGCGUCCGAGUUUGCCGAUUUUAACAAUAAUCUUCAACUAAUUGUGAAUAUUGUGAAAUUUUUAAGCCGACAAAAUGGCCCUUAUGCUUCCAAAGUGGACCGGUUCCAGCAAAGACUUGCGGACUUUGCAAUGCUCCUGAUAAGAUCCGAUGCCAACGGCGACACCACGGAAUUGGGUCUGGCUCAGCGGGAGAUGGUGGGGGAAGUGAAGCAGUUGCUAUAA